UAAUUAGGUACUUAGUCUAAAUUCUCACAAAAUGCAGAGGACCAAAAGUUAUGCAACGAUUGGAGCAGCGGCUGCAGCUGGUGCUGAUGAUGAGCCGUUUCGAAGGUUUAGGAGUGUCACGUUAUUUUCGGGCACGGGUGCAGCUCCUGAUUAUACCUCUCCAUUUGAUUUUGAUGCAUUUAUUCCCUGGGUGUGUAAACAAUGGUGUACAUCUACAUCAGUACUGAUCAUUUCAAAGACCCAAGAUCAAUAUGUCAAAUACGGGUCUAAAAGAACCAGUAAAUCCAAAGUAAAAAAGACAAAAACCCUAGAAGAAUUAACGCCCCACAGCUCAAUUAAAUUAGAAAAUAAAAUGUCGGUACUUGGGGGUAAGACCGUGCCUAUAAUUGCAUACUACGACGUCAAACACCGACUCGUAGAACUAGCUAUAAUUGGAAGCACAACUGAAGUCUCAAGAAAAAUUUUUCAUGCAUUAAGUCUGUCAAUUCCAUAUCACUCUAUGUUGACUCGAUUUACAUUCCGUAGAAGUCUGACCACUUAUCUAAUUAUAUACGAGAUAAAUAGAUUACUUCCAAUUUCUAGCAUAACUGAAGUUUGUUUCGACGAUACGUACGUGAAGGAAGGCAAUUAUUAUAUUCUACUGGAAAACAGCUCGCAAGUGAGGUAUUUGUCAUUGAAUAGAUGCAGGAUCAACGAUGAAAUAUGCAAGAAAAUAUUCAGUAAUCUAGGUAUAGGUACUCAGGCAUCACAGGGACUACAAUGCUUAGAAUUGGGCAGUAAUGAAAUAACAGAUGUUGGCGCCAAGUACAUCGCAUCUGUGCUCAGGGUUAAUCGAUACCUACUUCACCUGAACUUGUCAGGAAACAAAAUCACUGACAUUGGUUUCAUACCGAUCUUGGACAGUUUAAUGGAAUUUAAAUUGACGCGCGAAGAAAAUAUGGAACUGAAGCGCAGGAAACUAUAUUUUUUGAAUAAUAAGAUGGAAGUGUAUUCAAGAUGUUUGACGGAGUUGAAGUAUGGGAAAAGUGACGAUUUAGACAGCGCGGCCUCUUCCGGCAGGAAGUUACUGAUGAGACGUUUGCGCAGGAAGUCCAGGAAAAUAAUAGCGGAACAGAGUGUGCAAGACAUUGCUGAAAUGAUGGCUAAAGGGAUAGUCGGAGUAUUUCAUGAUCCUUUCUCCGAUGACAACGUGGAGUACAAAAAUGGUGGUUUAUACUCAAAAGGAAAUUUAGUUAUGUGUUAUAUAAAUAUUGCCUAUAACCAAAUAGGAUAUCCGUCGGUUCAAAGACUCGCCCAAGUCUUGAGUUAUCAGGAUUCAAUUAUUAAGUCUGAUGAUUCGGGCCUAGUAAGAAUAACAUUAGACGGAAAUCCUAUUCCAAAUGAUUGUUGGGAACUUUGUGAAAUUGAUAUGUAUUUUAAAAAGAUUCUUUAUCUAAGAACUGUGAGCAAAAAGAACAGGACUUCGACCAUAUUUAGCAAAAAAUCAUAUUCCAAGCCAGGUACUCCCUCUGUUUCUACUGCUUCUUAGAUAUCGUAAUGUAAGGCGCCCGUGUCUGAUUUUCAGUAGGACAAAUAAUCAGGCUGAUUUUUGUAGGAAUACUUAUCUGACUAGGAUUGUGCGACCGACUUCUUGUAGUACGUGCACGUUGCACUAUUGAUAUCAGUGUUUAUUCUCCUACAAAAAAUCUGUCACUGGUUAUCUGAUGUGGGCUAACUUAGCCUGUCAUUAUUCUACGAGCAAUAUGCUUAUCUACGAGUAUGUUGACUUUAAGCCAAACUCGUUUUAGUUUAUUUUAAUAGGAGAUAUCUACUUAAUUUAAGCCUGGGAAGAUUUUAAGUUUAUUUCGUUCUUAAGAAAAUUAUUUAUUAUUUACUAAUUAUGCAUAACAAGUUUUACGUUUAUUAAGUGUAGGCUGGUUCUUUGAGAGAGAGCUUUUAUUUAUUAAUUAAGA